AUGACCGACCAACACGCCCAACAUUACACCGCCAUCAAGGACGUCGUCCUCACCGACUUUUUGGACAAGGAACCCGAAACAACCUUCAAGGCCAGCGAUAUCUGGAAGGACCAACCCGCCAUCGUUGUUGUUAUCCGUCGUCCUGGAUGCCCUUUCUGUCGUGAGGAGGUCCGCAUUAUUGACGAUCACCGCGAACUCAUCGAGAAGGAGAUGGGCUUCCGUAUUGUGGUUGUCCUCCAUGAGAAACUGGGCGCUGCUACGUUCAAGCAUGAUUAUUGGAACGGUGGCGAGACUUACUUUGACAAGUCCAAGGGUUUCUACAAGGCCUUGGGAGGUGGCAAGUUGAGCUGGGCAUCCAUCGACCAGUUGAUCCGUCCAACCCUAUGGUUCAAUACCCUCCGAAACCUACGAUCAGGCGUCCGUGGAAACCUCCUUGUAGGCGAAGGACGCAUCUUUGGAGGUCUCUACAUUGUUCGCAAGGGUGACGAAGGAAUCGCAUACAAGUUUGAGGAGACUGUUCUCGGAAACUUGGCUCCUAUUAGUAAAAUCCUAGAGGUCUGUAGUCAGGUCUCGGGUGUGGAUCUCAAGGAUGCUGAGAUUCAGAGGGCAAAGAGACAGGAGGUUCAGGUCCAGGAGCGGGCUGAUGCGGCUGCCAAGGCCGGUCAGACGGAGUGCGAUGGGGAUGUCUGCGCCCUUCCCCCUUCUAAGCUGUAA